AUUUUCCAAAUGACAAAUAACGUAAGCAACAAAAAGGAGGGAAAAAGGUAGCAAGAAAUGAAGUAAAUUUGUAGCUAAACAUUGCAAACCCAAACUUAAUGUAGACACAAGUUAUUCCUUCCUCCUACUUCGCCCUCUUCCUCCACAAUUCUUUGUGGACUCUUCCUUUCCAGAAGUAUCAUCCUCCUCCCGUCCCGCCGAUCUCCUACUAACCACCGCGAUACCUUCUUUCUUCUGGACGUUGAAGGGUACGACUUCUUGGAUCUCAGUAAUAUCGGAUAUCGGUGGUGAGUCAAACGAGCAGGACCUAAUCAAAGAUCUGCUAGAAAGAAUAGAUCUUUGAAUUUUCUGGGGGUUUUCAGCAUCUGGGUCUGGAUUUCAUUGAUGGGUUGGAAGUAUAAGGCGGGUUUGUUAUUGAUAGCUACUGUGGUUGUCAUAUGGGUUGCCUCUGCGGAAGUCACCCAGGGUAUCUUUGCAGACUAUAAACAGCCUUUUGCAGUUACAUAUCUUGGAGCUUCCCUCUUGGUAGUUUACCUCCCAAUAGCAUUCCUUAAAGAUUGGUUGUGUAAUUUUCUAAGACGUCAAUCUCCUACUAGUGGUAAAGAUGUAGAAAGCGUAGAUGAGUCUUCUAUUGGACUUAACUCUCCUCUAAGGCAAAAAAUCAUUGAAAUGGAAAUUCAAGGGACUUUGACAAAGAAGGACAGUGGAGUAGAUUUUUCACCUCAUAUCGAGGAAGCAGCAUUGAUUUCUGGAAAUAUAGAAGAAGUUCUUUCCCUGAAACAAGGUAAAGAGCUUACUACCAGGGAGACUGCAACCUUGGGAUUUUACAUUGCUCCUAUCUGGUUUAUAACAGAGUAUCUAGCAAAUGCAGCUCUUGCACGGACAAGUGUUGCGAGUACAACUGUACUGUCCUCUACGUCAGGGCUUUUUACCCUUUUCAUCGGCACUUUUCUAGGCCAAGAUUCGUUAAAUGUAGCAAAAGUAGUUGCUGUAUUUGUCAGCAUGGCUGGUGUUGCCAUGACCACCUUGGGAAAAACGUGGGCCACUGAUGAGUCAGAAUUAAGUUCUUCAGCCAAUGGGAAGCGCUCUCUUGUUGGAGAUCUUUUUGGCCUUCUCUCAGCCAUGUCUUAUGGGCUAUUUACAGUGCUCCUUAAGAAGUUUGCUGGUGAGGAAGGAGAAAGGGCUGAUGUGCAGAAGUUGUUUGGAUACAUAGGACUUUUUACACUGGUAGCAUUAUGGUGGCUUAUUUGGCCAUUGACAGCCCUGGGAAUUGAACCCAAAUUUACAAUUCCUCAUUCCACCAAGCUGGAUGAAAUUGUUCUCGUGAAUGGCUUUGUUGGAAGUGUCCUCUCUGAUUACUUUUGGGCUUUGUGUGUUGUAUGGACCACUCCACUGGUGGCCACCUUGGGAAUGUCACUUACCAUCCCUCUCGCUAUGGUAGCAGACAUGGUAAUCCACGGCCGUCACUACUCAGCUAUCUACAUUCUUGGCUCGGUUCAGGUAUUUGCUGGCUUUGUAAUAGCUAAUCUUUCAGAUCGGUUCUCCAAGAAGUUGGGGUUGUAGCAUUCGAGGAAAUGGUGUAGCAUAAAUAGGCAAAUCUUAUUUCUCUCUCGGGGCAAUUGUCUCUGCCAUAUUGAGCUUACUAUACAUUUACAGAAUACCGAUUUAACGUGUAAACCCCUCCCUCAUGCCACGAUGCAAUGUUAAAUUGUAAUUGAUUGAUUGUCUAAAUGAAAUCGUUUGUAGUUGGUGUACUUCUCAUCCCUUGGUUUCGAUUUUUGUAAUGAAUUUUUUACUUGUGU